GUCAGCCUAUUGUGAUAUAAUAAUCAAUGCUUCAUGUUAUUCCUUAAUUAGUAUUCCACAUCCUUAUGAUGCUUAAAAAUUAUUGUUUCAUUUCCUUUUAGAUGGUAAUUUAAUUUAGUUUCUCUCUGUACUACAUCACAUGGACUCUCUUGUUAUAAUAACAAGUAAAGUAUGCCAUAUAGAAGUGGAAAAACAAAAACAAAAACAAAAAAAAUGUAGUUUUACUUGUUGGUCUAGCAUUUUAUAAAUUUAUCAUUUAUGGGUAUAAUACUUGUUACUCAAACUUUUCAGUUCACCUUAAUUACCGAUGUCGGACUCUCGAGAUAUGAGUCACAUGAGUAGGAUACUUAGACACUUCAUUUUAGUUCAAACCAUUGAAAUUUUUCACAGAAUAGUCGAGUUGGAUACUUGAACAUGUACUCGUGUUGGACAUGGGUACCCGAGUUCGAGUAAACAUAGGGUAUCGGGAUGGGUAAAAUCAUCUUCUUUUUUUUCUUUUCUUUUAUUUAUCUAUUUUUUUUUUAAUUAUUAGGAAAAUCUACUUAAAAAACACUUGUGGAGCACCAAUUAUCAUUGGCACACCUAACUACCUAAGUAAUGGUGUGUGUAUCGUAUUAGAUAAACGCGCAAGAGUGGGGUGCUUCUCUGCAUGAUGCCAAAUUACCAAUAAUGAAAGUAUGGUAGGCACACUCCAACUUGAAACCUUAACCAACCACACACCAAGUGAUAAGUGAGUCAGCUUCCAUGUCAACCCGCUACGUGGCGAAUUGGUUAGCACCCAUCCAAACUCUCACCCUUCUACUACUACAUCCUGUAGCACAAACCAACCUUUCCACUAAACCUGUGCCGACAAUAGUAGCAAUGGCAGCAGCAGCAGCAGCAGCAAUGGUAGCAGCUACGCUGGUACGAAAACAGCAAAAUCCGCCAAUGACGGCAGCACUUCCUACCAACAUUGGCCAGGCCGUGUUUGGGCUCAAGGCCAGUGCUCGUGGGGGAAGGAUGACCGCGAUGGCUGCCCACAAGGUUACCUUGAUUACACCUUCAGGCACCCAGGAAUUUCAGUGCGACGAUGAUGAGUACAUCUUGGAUGCUGCAGGAGGGAAUGGGGUGGACUUGCCUUACUCAUGCCGGGCAGGCGCGUGCUCCUCAUGUGUCGGGAAGGUGACUUCUGGUAGUGUAGACCAAUCAGAUCAAAGCUUCUUGGAUGAUGACCAGAUGGCUGAAGGGUGGGUUCUCACUUGUGUUGCUUAUCCUAUUAGUGAUGUCACUAUUGAGACUCACAAAGAGUCGGAGCUCACUGGAUUCUAAUUUUUUUGUACUGGUAAAGUGGUAAGUGAACAAAGUUUAACUUACGAAAUCUAGAAAUCGAUCAAUUAUUUUUCGACGGUGUGAAAUUGAAAUGUGACCUAUGAUUUUAAAAUGGAGUAAGCCGUUGUUUGACUUGUUUCUACCUGAUAAUUGUUUUAUAAUAGUAUUAUUUAGUAAUCCAACUUUUGUUAAAAUCAUUCUUGAUCAAAAUUUAGAUCUUGUAACAUAAAUAAUAGUGGAACUCCUAGGAUAUAAUAUAGGAUGGAAUGAUUAUUUUGAGAUGGUUGAAAAAUGUUCUCACUAUGUUGAAUUGCCUAUACUUCCCAGAAAAU